UAUUAUUAUUAUUCAGCAUUUAUUAACAUGGCGGAUCACGACAAAGGACGCAGAAAAUGGGGAAGAAAUUCACACGGGUCAAGAGUAGAUAGAGAUCAAUCAAUGAAUAAUCGUGGAGGUGGUCAUCGUAUACCUCAGCCUCUUUAUACACCAGGAAGUGGUCCAUUAAAAAAAACAGGACGUCAAUGUGAUGAUUAUGAAUCAACAAUGGAAGUUAAUCAACAACAAGAACGUCAAAAACAAUCAUCAAUACAAGAUAGACUUAGUUUACCACAACAAAAUAAUCGUAAUCCAAUGACAAAAAGUCAUCCUGGUUCACAACAAACACCAGAAGUAUUGGUUGAAAAAUUACGUCUUGCUAAUCUUAAUCAAAAUAAUGAGCCAAUUAUGACAAAUACAUUUGGAAGAAAAAAUAAAAAACCAGAACAACCAUUGUAUAUUGCAAAAAAACUUCAAGAACAACCUGCUGAACGAGAAGUUGUCAACAGUUCAUUAAAUCCAAGUGGCUGGGAAAGAGAAUCACGAGAAUCACGUGAAGACUGGGAUACUCAAUCAACACACAGUCAAAGAUCAGAUCAUCAUCGUAAUCGUCAAGUAAGAAAUCAACAUCAAGAUAACAGAAAUCAACAUGAUCAUAAUAAACGUUAUUCUGGUAAUAGAAAUAGAAAUAGAAAUACAAAUGAAAAUGAUAAUAAUAAUUGGCGUCCAGAAUCACCAAGAGGUUUUAAUAAUAGACGUGAUACACGUCAAGGUUCUGAGCCACCACAAAAUAAUAAUAUUAAUCAACAAGUUAAUACAAAUGAUAAUAAUAACAGUAAUAAUAAUAAUCGUACACGUGAUACAAGAAGUGUUGAACCAAUGGGUUAUGAUAAAUUUCAACGUAAACCACCAACUGGACGUUAUAGAAAUAAUAUGAAAGCACCAAUUAAAAUUGAAAAUUUACCACCAAGAUUACAAAAAAAAUAUCGUGAAGAAAAUGGAUUAGAACAUCCACCAUCAUAUCAAGAUGAUAAUUAUGAUCCAAUACCAACAAAUCCAUCUGGUUAUUAUCCACAUGGAGCAAAAUUACCAAAUUCAAAAACAAUGGAUAAUAUACAACAAAAAAUUAAUUUACAACCACCACAAAAUUGGUCAAAUACAAUACCAGCACGUUCAAGAGGACGUGGUAGACUUAGACCAGAUGAACUUGAUACUCAUUAUAGACCAAAUACACCAGAUCAAUAUUCAGCACCAAAUUCAAGAUCACAUACACCAAAUCAAGAAUUAAUAAAUCGUUCAUAUGACAGAAGAGGUAGUAACAGUACAAUGUAUACAAGUAUAGAAAGUUUAAGUAAAGAUAAUAUAACAAUGCCACCACCAUCAUCAUCAUCACAACCACCAUCAUUAUUAUCACUACAAACAAUUGCACCAACAACAAUACAUAAUCAAAGUGGAUAUAAUCGUCAAUCAAGAUCAUCAUCAAAUAAUUAUCAAUCACAACAACAAAAAAAUAAUAAUAAUAACAAUAAUUUUAAAAAUCAUAAUAGAAAUAAUGAAAAUUUAAAUGAUAAACAAAAACAAAAUGAUAAAAAUCAAUUGACAACAAUAAUUAAUAAUAAUAAAAUAGAAUCAUCAAUUAAUUUACAUUAUGAUAUGCCAAUUGAAAGACUUGAUUGGAGUGAAGAAGUUGAUAUUGAAGAAGAACUUAAUUUUGAUAAUGAUAAAGAUAGUCGUAGUUCAUCAGUUAUGAGUUAUCAUGAUAAUCCAAGUAUAUCUGGUGAUAAUACAAUACGUAAUAGAUCUGUUAGAAGAAAAAAAAGACGUGAUAGACGUUAUAAUGAACAACGUAGUGAUGAUAGUUGUGAAAAAAUUAAUAAUAAACGUGAUAAUAGUCGUGAAUUAAUUAAUAAUCAACAUAAUAGAGAAAAUAAUUGUUUUAAUAUUAAUAAUAGUAAUGAUAAUCAAAAUAGUAAUAAUAAUAAUUGUAGAAAUGAACGUUAUGAUAAUAGACGUAGACAAAAUAUUAAUCAUAAAAGUAGAGAAUCAAGUAAAGAACGUUGUUAUAAAAGAAAUGAUGAUACAACAAUAAAAAAUCGUAUUGAUAUUGAAGAAAAUUGGAGAACAGGAAAAAGAAUAUCAAUUUGUGAUUCUGAAGAUGAUAGAAAAACUCCAUCAAUGUCAAAUUUUAAUUUAUCAACAAGAUCUAUAUCACCAGUUAAAUUAAAUAAUUCACAACAACCAGGUAUACUUGUACUACCUGAUACACCAGUUAAUACAAAUACAAAUACAAAUAUUAUUAAAAAUGAUAAAAGAACAUCACCAGGUACACAAAAAAUAUUAUUUGAUCCAAAUAAUCCAAAUAAACCAAUAAUAGUACCAUCAUCAAAUAGUACUAGAACAAAUGAUGGAUGUUUAAAUACUAGUGUUAAUUAUUCACCAUCAAGUUUUCAAUUAUCAUUACAAUUAGAUGGUACACCAUUAUCAUAUAUUACUGAUCAAAUAAUUAAUCAAAGACCAUCAUGGUAUGAUUCUGUAUCAGAUACAUUAAAAUCAUCUAAAAAUCCAUGUCUUUUACUUGGUGUUGAAACAAUGGAUCGUGAAUUAACUAGGUUAUUAUCAUCAAGUGGUCUUGCUGCAAAUUGGGAUCGUGUUGAAUUUUUACGUCAUUCAUUACAACAAAGUUUAACAACAUUACUUAAAACUGAUUUAAAAUUUUGUCAAACUGAAAAUAUUGAACAACAUUUUUGGAAAAUACUUUAUUAUAAUAUCAUUGAAAUGUUAAGAAAAAUUAUGAUUAAAGAAGAUAAUGAAGGUAAAAAAUUAUGUAAAAAAACAAUGCUUAAAAUGAUUGAUGAUGGUGUUUGUUAUUUUGAAAGUUUAUUAAAUAUACUUGAAACAACAUAUAAUUUUAAAUUAGAUACUUAUCUAUCAUCAAGUUCACCACCAAAAGGUCUUGGUUUUAUUGGUUUAGCAUUAAAUAGUGCACAAAAAAUAUUUUUAUUUCUUGGUGAUUUAGCAAGAUACAAAGAACAAGCUAAUGAAACAACUAAUUAUGGAAAAUCAAGACAAUGGUAUUUAAAAGCUCAACAAAUUAAUUCUAAAAAUGGAAGACCCUAUAAUCAAUUGGCACUAUUGGCUCAUUAUGCUAGAAGAAAAUUAGAUGCUGUUUAUUAUUAUAUGAGAGCGUUGAUGGCUUCAAAUCCAUUUCAUUCAGCAAGAGAAAGUCUCAUUGCUUUAUUUGAUGAAAAUAGAAAAAAGUAUCUACACUAUUAUGAAUCAACUGAACGUAAACGAAAAGAAGAACGUGAAUGGAAAGAACGUGCAAGAAUGAAGGAAAAAGAAGGUGCUAAUAAUAUUAGUGGUGGUUUACGACGUGAAAUAUGGAUUCAUCCUGAUGGAAAAAGAAUGCGACGUACAACUUCAACAGCAAGUGCUAGUGAUGUUGUUGCAAUCAGUGAUUUAGAAGAGCUUGCACAAUUAAGCAGUGUCGAGGUUAACAAAAGAUUUGUAACAUCUUAUCUUCAUGUGCAUGGAAAACUCAUCACCAAGAUAGGAAUGGAGACAUUCCAAGAAGCAGCUAUUCAGAUGUUGCGUGAGUUUAGAGCUUUAUUGCAACAUACGCCUUUACCACUUCCGGGGACUCGAUUGUUACAGUUGCUUGCACUAAACAUGUUUGCAAUAGAAACAACUCAGCUAAAAGAUUUACAAAUGGAACAGGGUUACAGAUCAGAGGUUCAAGAACGUGCACUAGUAGUAUCACUGCAGAUGUUUAAUUUGAUAGUAGAAAGAGGUGUCUCAUUGCUUAAGUCACAACUUGAGAAUCAACAACAACCAAGACUUGUUGUAGAUGAGGACAUGCAGGUCCUUCUUCCAGCUAUCAAGAUUUGGUGUGAUUGGAUGCUGUGCCACAGUACAGUCUGGAAUCCACCACCUUCCUGCAUGGAUUAUCGAGUUGGACCAACUGGUGAUGCUUGGAGUAGACUUGCAACGAUGGUUAAUCUUCUUGAAAGACUACCAUAUUCAAAAAAAGUACUAAUUCAUUCACGUGAUCCUGUUGAACGUGAAAAUGAAUUAAAUUUAGUUAGAUUACCAGAAGAUACAACCUUGUCUGGUUUUACACCACUUAUGUCAAAUCCCCCAGAGCCAUUUUAUGUUUUAAAAAUAGAUGAUGAGGAAGUUGCACAAGUUUGUUUAAGAAUACAUAAAAUAUUAUUUUUUGGACAAGUAUUUCUAUGUGGUCUUGAAACACCAGUAUUAAAAUUACAAAAAAGUGAAACUGGUAUUAGUGAAUAUGUGUCGUUAGUUGAAACAUCAAAUACUGGCUCAAUAAAUACACCACCUGAACAUAGUGAUUCUGAAUUACUUGUUGAUAGUUAUAGUGAAGAUGAUGAUGAUGAUAAUGCAAUAUCAUUAAAAAAAAAUUUUUUUACAAAUGAUACAAAUGAUUUAAAAUCACAACCAGAGAUAAGAUCACUUAUUGAACGUAAAGAAGAACUUGAAAGAUGUCAAAAAAAACAAGAACAUCAUCGAAAAAGGAUUCAGGAUAUACUUCAAAAAUCUCCACUGUCUGUUGAAAUUGAAAUACGACCACGACAAUUAGUACCAGAUACAAAUUGUUUUAUUGAUUAUUUAUCACAAUUACAAAUAAUAACACGAGCAGUAUCAGGAACACAACCACUAUUUACACUUAUGGUUCCACUUGUUGUUUUAAAUGAACUUGAAGGUUUAGCUAGAGGUGCUGAUCCAAAAGAUGGUCCAAUAUCAAGAUCAGCAUUGACAAGUGAUCAUAUUGCUAGAGUUGCUAAAUCAGCAAAAUUAGCACUUGAAUUUGCUAGAAGUAAAAAUCCAGCAAUAAGAUGUUUAACAACACGUGGUACUGUAUUAUCAUCAAGUACAUUUACCGUUGAGGAAGAUGUCACACUUGAUGGCUUAACAAGUAAUGACGAUAGAAUUCUAGCAACUUGUCUUAGUCUUUGUAAAACUAAUAAUAAAGAUCAUAUUGUUAAUGAAGAAGGACAGCCAAGACGAUUGAGACGAGAUGUUGUUUUACUAACUGAAGAUCGUAAUUUGAGAGUCAAGGCAUUGUCAAGAGAUGUACCUGUUAGAGAAGUACCAGAUUUUAUGCAAUGGGCUAGUCUUGGUUAAGAUUGUUCAAUUUUUUUUAUUUAAAAUUCACUUACAAAAUUUAACACUAAAUAAAUUAACAAUUAAAAUAUAGUUUUUUUUUUUUUUCCAUAGACAAAUCAGUCGGUUAAUUUAAAUUUUUUUACUAAUAUAACUAAAUUAUAUUUAAAAAACAAAAGAAAGAACUUUUUUUUAUUUUUGCGAUUAUUUUUUUAUUGAUUUUUUUUUUUUUCUUUAUUUAAUUUUAUAAAUUUGAUAAAUGACAAUCCGUAAUGAUACGUUAAAUACUGAUUUGAAUAAAUUUAAAAAAGAGUAGUUGUUAUUGUUAAAUUAAUAUGCCACAAAAAUACUGUAAAAUAUGUCGAUAAAUUCAUUAGAGUUUUUUUUUUUUCUUGUUGAUUUAUUAAAAGAAAAAAAAGAAUAAUAAUUUCUCAAGAUAGACGUAGAUAUUGACUUUAAAUGACUAACACAAAAGUGAUAAAUACAAUUGAAUAUUGUAUUGCUGCUGUUUAUAAAAAACAUUUUAAUAUUUGCAAUUUGUAAUAAUAAUUUUUACUGGUUGAUAAUAAUUAAUGACUAAUUAUAUAUUCAAAGAUCAGAUGAUAAUGGAUUUUUCCUUUUUUUUUUUUUUACAUUUUGAUCUUGAUAUGUAAUUUAAAAUAAUAAUGACAAAUAAAAAAAAUGAAUAAUUAUUAAAGUAAUGGUUAUUGAUGUUAUGACACUGAUGACGAUAUUUCAGCAUGAUAAAAAAUUAUUUAAUUGUUUUUAAUUUAAUUAAUGACUGGUUUUAAAUAUUACUUAUUCAAUAAAAUUAUUUUCAAAUAGAUAAAAAUGAACAAAGAAGCAACAGAAGAAAAAAUCAUUAAUGUCGAGUUGAAUAAAUGAUAAUUAGAAUUUAUUUUAGAAAAAUAUAAAUGAAUUUAGUACUAACUUUUAUUAGAGAACACGUUCAGUCUUUUUAUUAGUAUGUCUAGUUGCAGAAUAAUUGUUUGUCAAAAAAAUUGAUAAAUCAGGUAUAAUGAUCCAGUGAAUAUUUUUCAAAAUAUAUGUGAGAUUGUUGAUUAACUAGAUAGGCACCUAUUAGUAAUUUUAAUUUACAACAGAUAUUUUAUUGUAAUAGUAACAUUCCGACGAUGUAUGAAAUUAAUAAUAAUAAAUGAGCCACAUUGUUUAUGAUAAUUAAAAGAAAUUACUGUAACUGAAUGAAUUUAUUUUCAUGAAAAAAACAUUGUCGGAAUAAAUUUAUAUAUUUGGAUAAAAAGAAAGAAUACGAAAAAAUAGAUAUAUAUCUAUUUUUCAGAUGGAAGAAAUUAGAAUUAACUACUUAAAUAUGAUAAUUUAGGAAAAAUGUACAAUAUAAAAAUUAAUAUGAUGAAAUAUGAUAACUGAAAUUAUAGAGAAUAAAAAAAAUCCUUAUAAAAAAAAAACAAUUGUCAUUGAUCUUUCUGGCAUUUG